CUGGCGCGCCCGCGGAGAGCACGGGAGGCUCGCAGCCCGGCCACAGAGGCGGCGUCGAGGCCCGGAGCAGGAAAUUAAAUAUGGCAGAACAUUAAAGCUGACAAUUUGAGAAAUACCACAAGUAAUAUUUUUUUCUGUGUUAUUACAUCACCAUCUUAAGAAUACCUUUAUGGAGUUGAAUUACUUAAUCAGUUACGGGGACAUUUUUACACAUGCAAUGAUUAUUCAAGAUAAAAUUGUAGCCAUUUUCAACAAGGAUCAAUGAUCAGAAUUUUUCUUCUUAAGAAGAAAUUUCCAAGUUAAAGAUGAAAGCAAAAUACUGGAAAUGUUUGGAUUCUUACUGACAGAUAAAGAAUAUAAUAUUUCACAGUUAGCUGUAAAUGGAACCUUAGUAAAAUUCAUCACUUGUCAUGCACCCAACUGGGAACAUGGAUGUUGGUUUUUCUCGUUCUUCUCUUCAAACACUGUCAAGAAGCCACUGCAAAAACAUCAAACAAAAAAUUUCUCAGUGGGAAGGAAGAACUAAUGGUAUAUCUAACCCAGAUAAGUGGCAUCCAAAGGACUUUGGAGUGAAAUAUAGCAACUGUUAUCAAGAGAAACUUCUUAAGAAAAGUCCUUUUGCUGAGGAAAAGAGCAGAAACUUGGAUGUAACCAACUCUCAAAAUGUUGGUCUGAAUAUUAAUGAAGAUGCCAAAAGCCACGAUCAGAAUGAGGAGGAAAGUGAGAAACGUGAGUAUGAUGACACACACUUCUUUAAAAAUAAAUCAGAAUCCAACUGGGUAUGUUCUCAGGUCAAACAAAUUGAAAGCUGGAAAAAAGUUGUUUUGGAUCCAGAGACUUCAUUACCUCCAGGAAAUUUCUAUACCUCACAGAUAUUGUGGAAGAAAAUAGAAGCACUUCCCCCAGAUAAAGUCUUAAAUUUGGCUUUAGAACAUUGUGACUCUUCAGAAAAAGAACUGAAUUUCAGAGUUCUGAAUAGUUCAUAUGGAAUAACUAAGAGCUUAGAAAAUAUUUACUCUGAGCCUGAGGGACAAGAAUGUGGGCCUUCUAUAAAUCCUUUGCCAAAACCUCGUAGGACAUUCAGAUAUUUAUCUGAAUCUGGUGUUACACCAUAUAAAGAAAGAAACUGUGACAGAAAAUACUGUGAAAAUAAUUCUUGUGCAGAGUCUUCUUUGACCUCUUCUGGGGAACCUGAACCAAAGAAAUAUGGCGGAAAAAUCAGAGGGAGAUCUAAAAGGAAAUCUUUUGAAUUUGAGGAUAUUCAGCACUUUCGAAAUCGGAACCCACAGAAGAUUCAUGAACAACUUGGAAGAAAUUCUGGCUCGACACUUUAUUACACACAGUCUGAAGACAAUAUCUAUGAGGAUAUCGUAUAUCCCACCAAAGAAAAUCCAUACGAAGAUAUUCCAGUGCAGGCUUUGCCCAUGUGGAGAUCUCCUUCAGCAUGGAAGCUACCACCCCCUAAAAAUGCUUUCAAAGCACCCAAGCUUCCUCCCAAACCUCAAUUCCUUUACCGGAAGACUAUGGAACUGAAGCACUCCCAAGUUUUUUUACGGUCAAAGCUCACAAAGGAUACUACUUUGCCUGUCACUUUAACUGAAUGGAAGCUUUUCCGAGCUGGAGAAGUUACGAACAGGAAAAGGAAAAAUCUUCCAAGGCUUGUAUUGAAAAUAGAUGACGUAUUUGAAUCUAAGAGAGGGAAGAAGAGGGUAAAGUUACACCCUUACACUGGAAAAGACUUACCUCCCUCAAAAGGUGAAACCAGUGGGAACGAAAGUGAUGCCGAGUAUCUGCCAAAGAAUCGCCACAAGCGCUUGGCACAGCUGCAGCAGUCUUCCAAGAGGAAUCCUCACUACCAGACCUUAGAGCGGGAUCUCAUCGAAUUACAGGAGCAGCAACUGUUUGAACUUUUUGUGGUGGUGUCUUUACAGAAGAAACCCUCAGAAAUAAACUACAUCCCCCAGGUCAUACAACAAUUCCCUAGCAAGGGUGAUCAUGGCUUUAAGCAAUCCAAAGACACUGAAGAGAGGCUCAAAGUUAUCCCAAAAUUUUGUUUUCCCGAUUCAAAGGACUGGGUGCCAACCUCAGAACUCAAGAGUGAAACGUUCUCCUUUGUCUUGACUGGUGAAGAUGGGAGCCGGUGGUUUGGUUACUGUAAGAAGCUCUUGCCAGAAGGCAAAGGGAAGCGACUCCCUGAGGUGUACUGCAUGGUUAGUCGCCUGGGCUGCUUCAACCUUUUUUCAAAGAUUCUGGAUGAAGUAGAGAAACGAAGAGAAAUGUCUCCAGCCCUGGUUUACCCAUUCAUGCGCAGUGUCAUGGAAGCUCCUUUCCCAGCUCCUGGACGCACCAUCACAGUUAAGAGCUACCUCCCUGGGGCUGGAGAUGGGUCCAUUGAACUCUGCCGACCACUGGAUUCCCGAUUGGAACACGUUGACUUUGAAUGUCUCUUUAAGUGCUUGAGUGUGUGUCAUCUCAUCCGCGUGUGUGCCUCUCUCCUUUUGGAGCGGAGGGUGAUCUUUGUUGCCAAUAGCCUAAGCACCCUGUCAAAAUGUGGCCAUGCUGUGGUUGCCACACUGUAUCCGUUCACCUGGCAACAUACCUACAUCCCAGUCCUGCCAGCAUCUAUGAUCGACAUUGUGUGCUCACCUACUCCGUUCCUUAUUGGAAUCCUGUCUUGCUCCUUACCACAGCUUCAGGAAUUACCCAUUGAAGAGGUACUGAUAGUUGAUCUCUGUGCAGACAAGUUCUUGCAGGAGGUAUCUGAUGAGGAUGAAAUUCUACCACCUAAACUCCAAGCUGCCCUGAUGCAGAUUUUGGAAGAACGCAAUGAAAUCUUGGCUCAGGAGCAGAAUUAUUCACAAGCAGAUGUGACACUCAACUCUCUGGUGUCUGAAGCAUUUGUCAGGUUUUUUGUGGAGCUGGUGGGACAUUAUUCUUUGAGCAUGACCGUCACUGAGCACGGGGAGCGUGUAUUCCAAAGGGAGCCAUUCCGUAAAUCCCACACCUCCCGAAGUGUACGCCACUUCCUGGAUCUCUUCAUGGAAACUCAGAUGUUUGCAGGAUUCAUCCAGGACCGAGAGCUUCGGAAAAGUGGGGUGAAAGGUUUGUUUGAGGUCCGGGCCCUCCAGUAUUUGGAAACAAUUCCUGAGUCUGAGCCCAGUGGGGUGAAUAGAAUUUUGCGAAGUCUUGGAAGUAAAAUGAAGUUUCUGCAGAAGAAAUGAAAUCUUUGAUUGGCUGUCUCCAUCAUAAAUAGAAUAGAAAGUGCCAAAGAACAUAUUUCCAAGUCAGGAUUCCCUGAAGUAUUCUACAAAAUUCUUGAAAGUUGAAAAGUUUACAGAGCGGACCAGGUCCUUGGAGGAGGAUUCUCCUGUUGCUGCCGUAGUAAUCACUGGAGAAUUGUCGGGAGUAGUCUGGAACCAAUGCUGUCUUUACUCCGCCUCCUAUUUUUUUUAAGUAUUUGAUUCUUGGGUUCAUUCUUUGCGUUUUGUGAAGUCUUUCUUUCUUUGCUUAGUCUAUGAAGGCACUUGUCUUUUACAAGGGAAAUACUUAGUGUUGCAUUUUUUAAAAAACAGCUCAAAUAUGAGCACAAUGAGAGAAACGCUGAGUUUAAGGUACUAGAGAGGCAUGCUAGAAGUGGAGAACACUAGCCCUAUACACGUGAUUCUCAUCACUGAAACACCACGGCAGCUUUAAACCUAUGGGCUGUUUGAGCUGAGCUAAGGAAUAUACUCAUCAUAUAUCUCCUUUUUUUUUGGUCUAAUGUUCUGUCCGGGGGAAUCUCACUUACGUGAAAGCCCUAAUUAGCACUGUUACUGAGUAUCUUAUUCAAGUAGACAUCUUGCAGCUCCUCCUCAUUGUGUGGCACUUGAGUAGCUUGUCCCUCAUGUGUCAACAUUAAACUUUGUGGAAUUAUAGCUAUUAGGAAUAUGUCCUUUCAAGGGCAUGAGAACUACCUUUUUCUUUUUUUUUAGUGUCCACCAUGUGCCAUGCACUUUGGUACAUGUAUGUCUGUCAUUUUUUUCAGUCUUUAGAUCAACUUUAUAAGAUAUUUGCAUCUCUAUUUUACUAAUGAAGAAACUGGAAUUCAAAGAGGUUACAUAACUUGCCCAAAGUUAGACAACAGAGCCAGAACUGAAGCCAGGACUACAAGUUUAUGAACACAGAGAAAGUUGAUUAGUCCUGCAGAUGGAAAUUUGAGCUCUGUGAGAUUAUAGCUAUUGAAAAAGUUUUCUUUGAAGUGUACCAGAGGCAACUCUCAGCUAUGAGGAUAAGGGACUUCAAAUUAUGGGUACCUAGAUGAGACUUUUUUUUGGCUCUAGAGUUGUUGGACUUUUUGCUCUAAUUAAUUAGACUCUAAUUAAUUGGACUCAGAAUAUGGAUAUUUUGUGGACACACACCAUAUAAUCACCCCAACCCUUAAUAUCUAAAGUGGUAGUAGUGAUUGGAAAGAGGAAUUUGUCAGUGAUAGUACAACUUUCAUUGAUAAAUGCUAUAGCAAAUGUCUGUUUUCAACUCCUACUCGUGGUUUUAACUGGCAUAAAAAAAUAUUUAUUCAAACUUAACAAAACCUUACAAUUUGUGUUAUGAUACAAUUUAUUGAUUUGUACAGUAUUGUCAUUACAACCCAUUCAGGUGUGCAUGAAUGAAUCUGAAGCAGACAUCAUUUAAGCCUGGUGCUGUGCAUUAUAAUAACUAUAGAUGUGGGUCCAGAAAAUAGAACUGAGUCCAUGUCUUUUAAAAAAUGUUUAUUAAGCAGCUUACCCCAGUGGGGCUCUUACCAGACAUCUCCCCAUUUGGUCUCUUCUGACACAUCAACCCUGAGGGAACAAUUAGUAAUCGGGAAUUCAGUGUUUAUAAACUGGGGGUAGGAGGUUUACUGUGGUAGAUCCUGGCCAUCCCUCUGUGAGGAGACCUUUGCUUCAGGGAUGGGGGUCUUAUUUUAUCCCUAUCUGAAGCUGCUUCCUUUUCUUAGGUCUGUCUUAUUUUGUUUUUGUAAAGUAUUAGGAAUUCUGGACAUGUUUGUAAAAGAAUUGCUCAAGAUUUGUAUAAAAUGUUGUUUACGGAUCUUUUAAUGAAUAAACAGAAAAAUUCCAUGGA